AUGAUUGUUGCUGCAAAUGGUGGAGCUUUAGUUGACAAGACACCCGCACAAACAAGAGCUUUGAUUGAGAAUAUAGCAUCUAUUUUGCAGCAAUUCUCUUCACGAUCAGAAACUUUUUUCAAGAAGGUGAAUGAAGUUAGUGAAGUUUCUCAUAUGGAACAAAGGAUGGGUAAUAUGGAGAGGAUGAUGCAACAAAUUUCUGCAGUGAUUAUUCUAUCGCAUGAAGGAAAUAUGAAGCAUGCAAAUUCUAUGUACCAAAAUCAGCAAAGGCUGAGACUACAACAAGAACAUCAAGGCACAAGUGUGGAUGACAAGUUUACUCUUAUGAUGCAAAGUGUGCAAGAGAUUUCAAAGACAAUGCAAGGGUUUAACCAAUUCCAGCAGAAAUCCGAGAUGGCUAUGAGAGAUGUGCAAUACCAAGUUAGUCAAUUGGCUAGUGAUAUGAAUCAACUCAAGGCACAAGGAUCUGGAAAACUUCCUUCACAAACGUUGAACCAUAAGGAGAAUGUCAAUGCUAUUGAGCUAAGAAGUGGGAAGAAAGUAGAGAAACCGGUAACAUCACCGGAAUCUCAUGGGCAUGUUUUAGAGCAACAAGAGGAUAAAACGACCCCUAACAAGGCUGAUUUGGUAACAAAUUCUCACUCUAAACCUCUUGUUUCUACUAAUGUCACUUCUCCACCUUUUCCUAGUAGGUUUGCAAAGUCCAAGAAGGAGACACUAUACAAAGAAAUUUAUGAGAUAUUCAAGAAUAUCCAAGUGAACAUACCACUCCUUGAAGCAAUAAGGCAAGUUCCUCGCUACGCAAGUUUCUUAAAGGAAUUGUGCACUAACAAGCACAAAUUGGUCGGUAAUGAAGUUAUGUAUGUGGGUGAGAAUGCUUCCACGUAUCUUCAAAAGAAACUCCCGCCAAAGUUAAAGGAUCCCGGUAGUUUCACUAUACCAUGUACAAUUAGUACAACCAGGUUUGAUCGUGCUUUGCUAGAUUUAGGAGCAACUAUUAAUGUUAUGCCUGCCUCAAUAUAUGAAACGUUAGACCUUGGUCCUCUUAAAGAUAUCGGUAUUAUUAUUCAACUUGCUGAUAGGUACACUACAUACCUGAAAGGGGUUGUGGAAGAUGUUUUGGUGCAGGUUAGUGAGCUUAUUUUUCCUGCAGAUUUUUAUGUUCUAGAUAUGAAGGAUGAAGAUUCACCCUCGUCUACAACGUUGCUGUUGAGUAGACCUUUCAUGAGAACGUCUAGAACUAAAAUUGGUGUUUUUAAAGGCACCAUAACUAUGGAAUUUAACGGUGAACCCAUAAGUUUCAACAUCUUUGAGGCUAUGAGAUACCCGAGUGACGUGCAUUCCUGUUUUUCGGUUGAUGUGAUUGAUUCUUUGUCUCAACAAGUGUUUGAGUUAGAUGGUGAUGAUACGUUAGAUAAAGCUAUAAUGAAAAGUUUAGAUUGUGGAAAUGGAAAUCAUAAUGACAUGAAAAAGUGA